AUGCCUAAACCAGAUAGAUCUGUGAUGGAUAAUAAUGAGAAUAGGCUUCUCAUAGAUGAGAGAAACUACAAACGUGAUGAACAAGUAAAGAAUUACCACAGGUUAUUACGUAUGGCAACCGAUGAGCAAAAAAGCGUUUUAGAAAUUAUUAGUGCUGUGAAUCGAAACAAGGGAGGUAUGUUUUUUGUUCAUGGAUUUGGUGGUACUGGAAAAACAUUCUUAUGGAGUAUUCUUGGUGCUGAUAUUCGUUCUAGGGGUGAUAUUGUUCUUAAUGUUGCGUCAAGUGGUAUAGUUGCUUUGCUUAUGGAAGGUGGUCGGACAGCACAUUCUAGAUUUAGUAUACCCAUCCAUGUGGACGAAUAUACAACGUGUUCGAUAGAUGUCAAUUCUCACCUUGCUGAUUUAAUUAGAGAAGCAAGACUCAUUAUAUGGGAUGAGGCUCCAAUGAUGAACAAACAGAUUCUACCGGUUGUGCCAGAAGCUGGUAGAGUUGGUACAGUUUUAGCUUCCAUAAACUCAUCCUUGCUUUGGAAUAGUUGUUAA